ACCUUAUCCGCAGGCUUACGCGCAUCACGCUGGUGUUGGCUUAGCAUGGUGCGUGGCGUGCCCUAUCCCAUCCACCUGGGGCUCGCGUAUUUGUUUCUCUCAGGCUAUGCCUUCAGCCGCCUCUUCCGCGCCCUGCGGCUCCCGGGGGCUGUGGGCAUCAUUGUCAGCGGUUUCAUUUUCUCCCACUUCAUGCAGCAGGACAUCCUCGAUGGCCGAGAGCACCUGCAGAGCUUGGCCUUCUUUCUGGUUCUGCUCACCGCCGGCUUCGAGAUCAACGUGGAGGAGCUCAAUGUGGUGACCUUCGUCUACGCGUUGAUCCCGGUGACCUUAGAGCUGCUGGGCGUGGCGGUUUUCGCCGUGGCUGCGCUGCAGUACAGCUGGGUGGAGGGGCUGGUCCUGGGGGCUACUCUCUGCUGCCUGGGCGAUGGCUUGGUGAUCCCCAAGAUGAUGGAGUUCAAGAGCUACCCGGACUUCGAGGACUUGCGCAUGCCCAGGCUUGUCUUCACCUGGGCGCCCCUGGAGGCCUCCUACAUCCUCACCUUCUUCGGUGUCAUCGCGGGCCUCGCGGAGCCAAGGGAUCAGGAGACCACCUCGGUGCCGGCCCUGGUGUUUGCCAACAUCCUGCGUCUCGUUGCUACACUGGUCUUCGGACUGAUCUUGGGGUGGCUUGCUGCGCAGAUCAUUGUGCGCCGGGACGACUGGAUGGUGCCCUCCUGGAUGCGCUUCAGCGAGCCCGAGAAAUCCGAGGAGAAAGAGAGCCUCGAGCCCUUCUUCAUGGGCGGCUCCGUGGAGGCGUACCUCAUCAUCCUGGCCUUCGCCUUGGCCGGCUUCGGCUUCGGCGCCACCGAGGGCGCCACCUUGUUCCCCAUGCCCUUCAGCCCCGGCUCCUUGUUCCAGCCUGAGCUGCUGGUCAUCGUGAUCGGCGCCUCCUUCGCCUACUUUGCAGAGGCCCUGGAUGCCGAGCAAGAGGCUUUGCAACACGCGCAGAACGAAGCGGAGGAGAGCUCUGAGGAGCGAGCUGCCAAGGACAGCUCCGAGUCAACCCUGGAGGGCGUAAUGGACGUCGUGGCGGGGGUUUGGACCUUCGGACAGCUGGUGCUCUUCAGCAUGCUGGGCAGCAAAACCGACCUGGGGGUCUUCCAGCAGGUCUUGUUCGUUUUGCCCCUGGCCCUGGUGGGCAUCAGCUGCCGCUUCGUGGGGGUCCUGGCGGUGACCAAAGCCUCGGUGCGCUUCCGGGUCUGCGCCGCCGGGUGUCAGAAGUGCCGGCCCGGCGGCCCAAGGAGUCGCUGGGCUGAGAACGAGGGCACCUGGUGGGCCGACGCCUGGUUCUGCUUUCUCUCCACCCUGCCCAGGGCCACCAUCCAGGGCGCCCUGGGGCCGAUCCCCAUGCGCGACCGCUUCUUUAGCUCGGAUCACUUCGGCCAGAACCGCUCGCAGUUCAUCGCGGCGGCGGCGAGGUUAUACGUGGUGUGCAUGGCCGUUGUGGGGUCCAUUCUCUUGGACCGCUACGGGACCAGGUCGCUGCAGGAUAUCAAGAGCUUUCAGCAGAGCCACAAAGAUCUGGUGUGUCUCAAGGGGCAGCAGGAGGAGGUAGCGAAGACGCGGAGCGAGUCCAUUGCGCCUUGCUGCUUCAGAAUGUCGCUUCCCAGAAAGUCCACCGCGUACCGGCAGAGCGUGUUCGUGGCGCAGCGCAGGUCCAGUACGGACGCAUACACCGCGGCGCCGGUCUUUUCGGAGCACCAGGAGAUUUCGCACGAGAGCAUGCCGGCAGAGGCGCCAGCGCCGCAUUCGCCGCACGGUCUGCAGGUCCCAUCGGAAAGGCCCCGCCCACCCGCCUUGUCGGAUCCGGAAUCGUCCGAGCUGCUGAGGACCAGGAAGACCAAAGGCCGCGAUCGGACGGUGACCUUCGGGGCGGAGGUGCAGGCGGAGUUGCAGCAGUGGGGGGCGGAGGCAGAGGCGGAGACCAAGGCGAAGGCGCACACACUGCCACGAUCGUCUGAGACGGGGUUCCCCCGCGAGCGCGCCACCUCCAGCGCACGCCCGAGCGUCUUCGGGAGCCUCCCCGGCUUUGGCAGCGGGAACUCGAACGCGUUCCGAGAUCGAGCGCACUCCUUCGCGCGUCGUGCGCGGCUUCAUAGCAUGGAAGCCCCCCGAGCGCGGCAUCUGGAGGAGGAGGACGAGCUCUGGAGCGGCGGAGACGGCCAGCAUCAAGUCCAAGAUCUUCGUCCUGAGCUUCGAGAGAAGCUCGGCCUUGCCGGCGCCGGCUCUGCCCGACAUCGAGGCACUCUCUUCGGCCCCGACGUGGAAUACGUGCCUUUGGCGAAGCAGGAGGCGCCUGAGAGCCCUUAAACUUGCGAUCGCGGAUAGAUGCUCAUGGCGGCUAGAUGCGGCUCCAAAGCGAAGAUGCGGUGGACGCUACCAUAUUGCACGUAAGGGACCAAGGAAACCUAUUCUAC